AGCGUGCCAUACGCAACUCAAGAGGUUGAUAGCCCAUUAUUGACAGAGACUGCGUCCAAUCUUCAAAUACGGAAGAAAGAAGAUUCGAUGCCCAUUUUGAGCCAUUUGGUAAUUCGGAGGGUUCCAAAACUCAUUUCCGAUAACCCUUCUUGAAUUGCUUGCUCUAAGCAGCAUGUCCAUCUCGACCCAUAAUUAAUGAUUUAACAGCUCUAUGCAGAAGCCACUUGAGUUUAACGUCUUGAAGAACCAGGGCUGGAACAUUCCAACGGACAUUACGGAAUAGUACACGGUCUGUCUCAUCUCGAGUGCCAUGAGCAUCGGCUUGCGGACAUGACACUCAGGUUGACGGCCCGAGCAUCACUAUGGACGUUGUUUCGACUAGGAGGUACAGCAGUGCAGCCGCCGCUGGCAUUUAUCCGCUCCGCUCGUUUUCAAGCUUUCGAUACAUCAUUUGACGCGGAUGAACUCCGGGAGGCCAGAGCCUGGCAUCAAGCGUUCGACGAAACUCGGUUGCCCAAGGGCCAGACCAGUUUCGCGCGCUCCAGUGGUCCGGGAGGCCAACAUGUCAACAAGACCGAAACCAAGGCCAUCACCACAUGGCCCGUCAAAGACUUGAUCGCUGUCCUACCGAAGCUGCUCCACCCCGGCGUCCGGGCAUCCAAAUAUUACACGGCUAGGACGGAUUGUUUAACAAUCCAAGACCAGACCCAUCGGCAGAGAAGUGCCAACACGGAUGAGAAUUUCCGUAAGCUGGUUGAAGAGGUACAAAGGAUCUACCAGGAGAGAGUACCAAACGAAUCGUCGCCAGCUAAGCAGCAGAAGUAUAUUGAGUUAGAAAGGACUUUUCAUAAGACUCGCUUGCAGCAGAAAAAGAACCACAGCUCCAAGAAGCAGGGCCGAAGAGGACCGUCUGACUGACUGCCACAUUAUAGCCAAGACCUGGGAUGGGAGCCCCGAAAGUCCAGUUCAGAAGUGGCUCUAAUAAAGUGUUUCAUCUGGAGAACUGUUCCGAUCGAUG